ACACACUUACAUCAUUUUCACAAACGAAGUUUAUUGUUUGUAUAAGAGAAACAAAUCGGAACUCCACCGCGAGAACCAGAGCAGGGUGGUCGCCACCGACGCAGUUUCUUCUUCCGUUUCAACUCCGAACCUUCACCUUCACCGUCCAUUUCAAUUGAGCUGAAUGAUGAGGCUGAAAACAUAUGCUGGUCUGAGCUUGAUAGCAACUUUGGCUAUCACAUAUCAUGCAUUUAACAGUAGGGGUCAGUUUUAUCCGGCGAUGGUGUAUCUCUCGACUUCCAAGAUCAGUUUGGUGCUUCUUCUCAACAUGGGUUUGGUUAUCAUGUGCACUCUUUGGCAAUUGACCAAAAAGCUGUUCCUGGGUUCCCUUCGGGAGGCGGAGGUUGAGAGGCUUAAUGAGCAGUCGUGGAGGGAGGUUAUGGAAAUCCUCUUUGCCAUUACUAUUUUCCGGCAGGACUUCUCGGUUACGUUCCUUGCCAUGGUCACCGCGCUGUUAUUGAUUAAGGCUUUGCAUUGGUUGGCACAGAAGAGAGUCGAGUACAUCGAGACCACUCCUUCGGUGACUUGGCUAUCCCAUGUUCGAAUCGUAUCUUUUAUGGGUUUCCUCCUCCUUCUGGAUAGCAUUUUCUUAUAUAGUUCUAUGAAACAUUUGAUAGAAACGUGGCAGGCUUCGGUUUCACUAUUCUUUUCUUUCGAGUACAUGAUAUUGGCAACAACAACAGUUUCGAUUUUUGUAAAAUAUAUUUUCUAUGUCAGUGACAUGCUUAUGGAGGGACAGUGGGAAAAGAAACCAGUCUUCACAUUUUACCUGGAACUUAUCAGAGACUUGCUUCACUUGUCUAUGUAUCUGUGCUUCUUUUUCUUGAUAUUUGUGAACUAUGGUAUUCCCCUGCACCUAAUACGGGAGCUGUACGAGACAUUUAGGAAUUUCAAAGUUCGUAUUGCAGAUUACAUUAGAUAUCGUAAGAUCACUUCAAAUAUGAAUGAUCGCUUUCCAGAUGCCACACCUGAAGAGCUUAAUGCAAGUGACGCAACCUGCAUAAUCUGUCGUGAAGAGAUGACUACAGCCAAGAAACUUAUAUGUGGACAUCUUUUUCAUGUUCAUUGCCUCCGAUCAUGGCUGGAGCGGCAGCAUACUUGCCCUACCUGCCGAGCCUUGGUUGUGCCACCAGAAAAUGGAACAACUGUUGCUGGAGGGCAGCAAGGAUCACAGUCAGAUGGUCACCGGCAGGGAACUGGGACAGCUGGAAGCACAGCUCAAAAUGAAGCUGGCAGCGGGAUGGCAACUGAUAGUUUGAGUCGGCAUGAAGCUAGGCUCCAAGCUGCUGCUGCUGCAGCUUCAAUAUAUGAGAAGUCUUAUGUUUAUCCCUCUGCAUCAUCUUCUGUAUGCUCUCCGGGGCACGCAUUUUAUACCCCUUCUAGUACUGGAUUUAAUGGAGAACAAGCUUCCAGUGAACAAGCACAAAAGCAGUUUCUUAUCCCUGGUCAACCAACAAAUGUAUCCUUUCCUCCAAUGGGACACUACAAUUUUCUGCCUUCCCAAACGUUUGCAGCCCCUGUGAAUUAUGGAGAAGCGUUUGGAAAUGAUCCAAACAUCCCAAGCUCUCAGCUGGAAGCUCAUAGAAAAUUUCUCCGAUGGCAGAUUGAGGUUUUGGAAAAGCAGUUACGGAAUCUUCCAGAGACAAAAGCUGAUGACAGAAGUGUAGAUGACGGCACAUCAUCAUCAGAUAGCAGAGGCAAGCUUAUUACUUCAUCGUCAUCUGUUUCUGGUCAUGUUCACCAUGAUGAGGAGAUUCAAGAUGGGAAAGCCUAAAAUCGGCUGGCAAAUAUCCAGGACACAGCUAAAUGUAGAUAUAGGAUUAGGAAGAGGAGAAUACCGAAAUGACACUAUUGCUUUAACAUUGUAAAUGCACACUGUCAGUGCCCCUUAAUAUGAUUCAGGCCUCCUUUUUCUAAUGAAACAAAUGCGUUUAGAUUAGCUUUGAAACCUCGGCAAAGGGUUGAUCGAGGGAAGCAUGACACAGACAGGUCUAGUAUCUGACAUGUAUGUUUGAGCCAUCAUUUGUCUCUUUGAAGUGAGGUAAAUGUAGUAAGUGCCUUUGAGUCCUCGUAGUUUUCCUUAUUUGUACUAGGGCACCAUCUCUUUACCCUAAAUUUUAGGUAUCAAAAAGAAAUUUAGCUUGGAAUUUUUUUUGGCAA